AUGUCUCUCAUUGGUCAUAUUUUAAGUGGUGCAUUGGGUAUUGUCGCCUCUUUGUCGCAACAGCAGACGAAUGGUGCAUCUAAAUGGGGCACGCUCUCUAAUGCACAACUUCCCCAGUUUCUCAGCAACAAUCCGCUGCCAUGGGGAUUCCCUUGGGGUCCCUUGACGGCGAAGGGCGAUAAUCCAUAUACCAGCGCUCCAGACACUGGCAUCAUCCGAGCAUAUGACUUCACUAUUCAGCGUGGCCAAAUCGCCCCAGAUGGCUAUAUGAAAGAUGUACUAUUGAUCAAUGGUCAAUUCCCUGGACCUUUGCUUGAGGCAAACUGGGGCGACACUUUCAUAAUCACGGUGCAUAACCAAAUUGUUGCACCUACGGAGGGUACGGCAUUGCAUUGGCAUGGUCUUCUGCAAAAGGGAAGUCCGUGGUUUGAUGGCGUCCCUGCAGUGCAGCAAUGCCCUAUUGCUCCUGGGACGUCCUUCACAUAUACAUUCAAAGCGGAUCUUUAUGGAUCAUCAUGGUACCACUCUCAUUAUUCCGCUCAACUCGCUGGCGGUCUUUUUGGUCCAAUGAUCAUACACGGUCCCUCACAUGUUCCGUAUGAUAUUGAUCUCGGUCCAGUCAUGCUUUCAGACUACUAUCAUACUGAAUACUUUAAACUCGUUGAAGGAGCCAUGGCUUCUAUAACCGACGCAAAUUUCAAUCCAGCCCCAGCAUCAGACAACAAUUUGAUUAACGGAAAGAUGAACUUCAACUGUUCUACUGUUGCCGUUGGUGACAAUACGUCAUGUAGCAGCAAUGCUGGGAUUUCGAAAUUCAAGUUUACCAGUGGGAAGACUCAUCGCCUUCGCUUGAUGAACGUUGGAGGAGAAGGUCUCCAGCGAUUCAGUAUUGACGGGCACAGCAUGACAGUCAUCGCGAACGAUUUCGUCCCGGUUAAACCAUACACCACGAAAGUUGUAACUCUCGGCAUUGGCCAACGAUCCGACGUUCUUGUUACCGCGAAUGCAGGCAGGUCGGAUUCAGCCUUCUGGAUGCGCUCUAACAUUUCUACGAUAUGCGGAAUCACUACUCAACCAGCUGCCCUUGCCGCAAUUUACUACGACAGAGCCGACACUAGCAAAUCACCAACCUCAACCGCAUGGGAUAUUCCCGAUCCAGGGACCUGCGCAAACGAUGACCUCUCGCUCACAGUCCCCUACUACCCCAUAGCUCCGUCCACCCCGUCAACCACCCAGACCCUGGAGAUAAAUUACCACUUCAACGAGACGGGCCACUUCCUCUGGACACUAGGUGCUAACACCUUCCGCGCAGACUACAAUCAACCAAUCCUACUCAUGGCAAAUAAGGGAAACUUUACCUACCCCGAUGACUGGAACGUUCACAACUACGGCACGAACACCACCAUCCGCAUCGUAGUCAACAACCCCGGCCCAGCCGCCCACCCCAUGCACCUCCACGGCCACAACAUGCAGAUCAUCUCCGAAGGUCCCGGCAACUGGGAUGGCGUGUCCACCACCGGCGGCAACAACCCGCAACGCCGAGACGUGCAGUUGGUACGAAACGGCGGACACAUGGUGAUGCAGUUCAACGCUGACAACCCCGGCGUGUGGCCUUUCCAUUGCCACAUCGCCUGGCACGUGUCUGGAGGUUUAUAUGCCAAUCUGAUAGAGAGACCGGCGGAUAUCGCAAAGGAUACGCCGCUCCCGCAAGUGUUGACGCAGAUGUGUCAGGAUUGGUCGUCAUGGUCUACGGGGAAUAUUGUGGAUCAGAUUGAUAGUGGGUUGUGA